AUGAUCUUCCUUUUAAAACCCUACUAAGGCAGAUUCACAGUCUCCUAGGAUUUGGGCAGAUUUCAAAUCUCCUAAUGGAACAGACAAUGGAUGUCAAGUAAAUCUCUUCCUUCAUUUGUUGGAACUUGGAAGGAUAAACCUUCUUCUGUUAUUCCUAACAAAGCGAAUAGAUCAUAUAUAGCCAUCCUUUGUUUUAUGGGAAAAUCACUCCCUUCUGCAGCGAGGUUACAAGAAUUUGCGAAGCUUACAUCAGAUAAGCUUAAAAAUCCUAAAAAGGCAAAACCCAUAUCGAAAAAUAUUAACUUUUCACCGGAAACAGCUAAAUCUGUCGAAUCAAAGCAAUUGAAAUUGAAAAUGGAGAAUAGUGAGGGACAGAUUCGUGUGCCGCUGAAGGAAGUGGUCUCUGAUUGCGUGAAGAGAUGGUUUCAAGACGCGUUCAAGGAAGCCAAGGCAGGGGAUACUGGUAUGCAGGUCUUGGUUGGUCAGAUGUAUUACAGUGGCUAUGGAGUUGCUAGAGAUGUCCAGAAGGGAAGAACUUGGAUUUCAAGAGCUUCAAGAAGUCGAUCUUCAGUUUGGAAGGUCAGCGAUAAAAGAAGAUGA